UGUGAUAGUUACAUAAUGGAGGCGAUAACUAGAGCCUACAAUGUUGUGUUCUUUGAAAAAGCAGAUCCUCGCGUGAAAGACUGGCUGCUUAUGACCUCACCAUGGCCGGUGUUCUUCAUCAUCAGCACCUACUUGGCAGUGGUGAAGCUAAUCCUGCCGAUGUACAUGAAGAAUAGGAAGGCAUUCGAACUGCGCACGGUCAUAAAGUGGUACAACGUGCUACAGAUCGUUGCUAACGCUAUUGUCACUUGGGGGAUAAUGACAUCAGGCUGGACCACUACCUAUCACUUCGGGUGCAUGUUACCUGACUACUCCAUGAACCCGGAGGCCGUGCGGAUGCUCCGCUUUCUGUGGUGGACGAUCAUCUUGAAGAUAAUAGAGCUGUUCGAUACUGUGUUCUUUAUACUGAGGAAGAGGGAACGACAGGCGUCUUUCUUGCAUGUGUACCAUCAUGUUAGCACGCUGAUUAUCAUAUGGUCUGGUGUGAAGUAUGUGGGAGGUGGUAUAACAUCGUUCUCUCCGAUGCUCAACAACGCAGUACAUGUAGUAAUGUACACAUAUUAUUUACUCUCGCUGGAGGGAAGCCACACAGUCAAGGCUUAUCUUAUUAAGUAUAAAAAAUGGAUUACCAUAAUGCAAAUGGUACAAUUCACAAUAAUGCUGAUCUACAGCGCCCAAGUAUUUCUACCAAGUUGUCCUGCAUCCCUUGGAGUCCCUCUUAUGUAUUUCCCUAAUGUAUUCUUUGUAUAUUACAUGUUCUUGAAGUUCUUUAAAAAGAACUACAUCAAGAAACAAAAGCAUAAUGAUAAGAAGAUAGUGAAUUAAUAAAUAUUGAAGAAAU